AUGCCUACCACUCGUCAGAAAAGAAAGGCCGAUGACGACGCCCUUCUUCCUGGUAUUCCCAUGGAUGAGAAGCGACCCAAGAGUUCGAAGGGGGCUGCCUCUAGCUCCGGUCGUGCUUCCAAGCCCGCUGCAAAGAAAGGGAAGAAGAAGCAAGAUCCAGAUCCGCCCCAUGUUGCACUUGCAAACGACCUCCUCGAGCGUGGGGAAGGGCUACGUCUUCCUGGAACCCCGUUAUCACACGGUCAAGUUUUCAAGCCACCGAAAUCAUGGGGAACCCGAGACGAGCCUAUAACCGAUCCUGCCAAGUUACCUAAAGGAUGGGACCCAUGCGAUACAGAUCUCGCCGAGGAUGAUGUCGACGCCCAAAUUGAAAGAUGCUACAGACGCAUCGAUGAGGGAAUCAUGCCUGCCAUUUUCGAGCAGAGAUUGGAAAUGUACCAAGGUAUAAAGCGGAGACAGACAGACAUGAUCAACUCAGAGCCAGCCGGUCUUAGCUGGGAAGUCGUCCAGCGCCUUGAUAUGCUAAAGAAGGUCAAAGCGAGCUUUGAUGAGACGGGAAAUGACAGUGGGAAUACCCCCAACGUGAUAGCCAUCAUGGCUGCGUACCGCUCCGGGGACCUUGUCUGGGAUAAAGAUACAGUCACUUACUGGGCACACGGAGAAAUGAUUGCUGGUCCCAAGAAAAUGGAAAUCGACGAAUUUUACGCCCUUAGUAGGGAGUUUGGCCCACAUGGUGUUUGGGUAGAAGGAAUGGACGACUACAAACCGGCACCGAUGUGCCUAUACUACACUUUGGGCCCGUACUAUCAGGGGUACGCCAUGCAUCAAAUUACGGUAUCGGUCCGGAAUCCUACCACUUGGAACCUGAACACAUGGCAACAUACCAUGCACCUCCCUGUUCUGGAGGAUACUGGUGCUUCGGUAAUGAAGAUUCAUCAAUCCGAUAGAGCCUAUCUUGAAAGAUUGAGCGGCGCUCCCGUGCCUGUCUCUGGUGCAUCAACAAUGGGCACAGCGGCUGGUGAAAUCCCGGUGGAUAAUGUGGUAUUGCAAGUCAAUCUCUACCACAAUGGUCAGCCCAUGCUCCCCAAGUGGAUUAAUGUUCGAGCUUGUAUAGGCCAUGAUCCCCCCAAUGCUCCCCCGAAUCUCCGACUGUCUGGUAUCUGGCUUCAUCAUAUGCUGUAUUGUUUGAGUUUGCCUGAUAAUAGCGGCAGAAUGUACAUUGGAAAUGAUCUCACCGAAAUUUUGGCAAAUGCACCCACAGCCGCUUGCAAUCCAGCACUCGCAAGACCACCACCCGUUUGA